AUGGCCUGUGCCGCCUAUGUGCAGGAUUGUUACUACAGCUCCCAAUGUGUCCCCACCUGCUGCUUCCUCACUUGCCUGUCACCACAGGACUUCGGGAUGGCCCAUCUGCUGAAAUGGCUUACCGAGUGGCUGCUGGACGUGCGACAGCUUCUUGGAGUCACAGGUCCUGAACCCGGCGUCUGUCGGACACCUGUUCGCUGGCAAAGGAGCCUCAGGGAGGCGGCCCCCUCGGCCCCGCCCCCUGCACUUGUCCCAGGCCCUGGCAGGACUGGCGGCUCCCCAGGGCAGCGGCCGCUUAGCCCGCAUCUGGGACCUCCCCGGGGAAUCCACGGGACUCACAGGGCCAGAGCCCAGUCGGCUACCCCCUUCUCACUCCCAGGGAAGAUGCCCAGAUCCUUUUUGGUGAAAAAGCACUGGAGCAACCGAAUCCCCAAUUAUGGCCAAUUGGAAUCUCAGAAAGGUGCAAGCCCGGCAGGAGUCCGCGCUGGAGAAUGCGGGGGCGGCGGCGUUGGGGGGGGGCGGUGUUGGAACUUCCUUGGGAACAUUGACGGGGAAGGGAAGGAGGGAGAAGGGGGCUGCCAGGGGAGCCGGGGACCUGAGACUAUGGCCCCAAGCGGGAACCCACCUACUGCGCCCGACCUUUGCCUCCGGGCCGAUUCGCAGCUGUCUCGGCCCCCCAAGAUAAAUGGGUCCCGCUACACCUGUGAAGGACUGGUCUUCCCACUCCUCCUCCAGGACAGAGCAGCCCCUUCAGCAUCCAAUGAUGCUCCCAGCCUGUGGGACCGCAAGUCUGUCAUUGCGUGUAUCUCACUGCCUCUACCCUUAAAUGGGGAGGCUCGGGGAACCUCCAGCCCAGGGCCUCUGGAAAUCAGUGUGGUGGACUCCCUAGAUGGCCGAGCUCCUGGCGCCCCCCUCAAGGAGAGCCUGAACCACCUCAACCUUUCCCCAUUGCUAAACAUGCCUAAGCAGUGGCCUCUCAAUCCCGGGCCAGAGGUAGACAAGGCUCCAGAUAAACUUCUUGGGGGUGGAGGCCCACAAGAGGGGAGCCCUCCACUGGGCUCUGUGGGCUGCUUUGAAUGCUUUGACUGCCAUAAGACCUACCACACAUUCUCUGGGCUCUCUAAACACCGGCAGCUGCACUGUGAUCUGCAGGCCUGUCGCUUCUUCAGCUGCAAGUAUUGUGACAAGGAAUACUCAAGCCUGGGGGCCCUCAAAAUGCACAUCCGCACACAUACCCUGCCUUGUAUCUGCAAGAUCUGUGGCAAGGCCUUCUCUAGGCCCUGGCUCCUCCAAGGUCAUAUCAGGACUCACACAGGUGAGAAGCCAUAUGCCUGUUCUCACUGCAGCCGGGCCUUUGCUGACCGCUCUAACCUUCGAGCCCACCUGCAGACCCACUCAGACAUCAAGAAAUACCAGUGUAAGAGUUGCACCAAAACCUUCUCCCGCAUGUCCUUGUUAACCCGACACAAGGAAGCAGGAAGCUGCCCAGCCUCCUGAUGGCCAAAAGUGGCCAGGGAAGUUAGGGGAGGAGGGGACCUGAACUGGAAUACCCAGUGCUGGGGGUCACUCUUGGAAGUCUCUCUGGAAUCAGGCAAGGAACAUCUGCAUCACCAGGAGAACUGCAUCGUGGGUUAUGGCAAGAACCUGAGUCAUCACUCUUUCCUUUUCCAUUUGGAGCUAAUCCAUCCAAGCAAUGCACUUAGAUCAGUGUGGCUCUCCUGGGUCCCUCAUCUGUGCCUCGCAUUUCACUUUGUCCCCUUUUGAGGCUUUGCUCCUGGCUGGGCAAAGAGUGUGCAAGGUGAGAAGAAGCCAUUUCCUUGGUUUACAAUCUAACGCACUCCAUUUCAUUCUUCAAGAAUUGGGGCCUGGUAGGAUUUAGGGAGAAGGAAAGAAAUCCCAGCUGAUGAGCCAAAGAUCAUUAGGAUAUACUUCUCUACCCUGAUGGAACUGGCACCCUUUCCCAUCAGUGACUGGCCAACACUCUGACUUAGGCACAUCCAGCAUUGCAGACCAGACUGUGAUUUUACCCAGGACUAGUGGCAUGCUCUAGUGUCUAAGAAACUGAUUUAAGCAUCAGUGAACCUGAGCUCUGGGCUUGUUUCUGACUGCAUGGGGCUCAGGGCAAGCUGUUACAUAUCCCUUCGCCUUGUUUUCUCUCCCAUAAAAACGGGGAAAAAAUGUGUCUACACCAGACAAUGGCAGUAAUGGUUGGUGGAGGUAAGUGGUGGGGGAGGCUCCCCCUGCCAGACUGGCACCUUUACUGAGCCAUCCUAGGCUAUUGUUGGGGCUGCUGCCUUCUGUAAGGAAAUACAUCUGUGGAAUAUUAAAAGAGGAGUCCCCAAGC